ACGAAUAGGACACUUCUCAAAAUCUUAUGACCCAAUAAUCUUAGCUUCAAUCUUACACAAAACUUAGACCACAAAUAAUGGAUUUCCUUUCUCUUCCAACAGUAAUGCUUGUAGCUUUAGCCUUGGUCCUUGUCUACAACAUAUGGAGGAUUAUGAACAAAACAAGUGAGAAGCAAUUGCAAGCACCAGAACUACCUGGUGCGUUCCCAUUAAUAGGUCACCUCCAUUUACUAGGAACCAAAACUCCACUUGCAAGAACCUUCGCUUCUUUCUCCGAUAAGUACGGUCCCAUAUUCCGAAUCCGUCUGGGAUCAUACCCUGCUAUUGUGAUCUCUAACAAAGAUGGAAUCAAAGAAUGUUUCACCAUAAAUGACAAAGCUCUUGCCUCGCGCCCCAAGUCUAGCCAGGGAGUAUACAUUGGCUAUAACUACGCCGGUUUUGGGUUCGCUCCUUAUGGCUCCUUCUUUAUAAAACACAAGAAGCUAGCUACGCUUGAACUACUCUCGUCUCGCCGCGUCGAAUUAUUGAGGUAUGUAUAUGAAUCCGAGAUUGAUACUUUGAUCAAGGAUCUGUUAUUGUAUUCUGCAGGAAAUUCGCCAGUUAAAGUUGUUGUUAUUAGUGAAUGGUUGGAACGGUUAAGUUUCAACAUAAUCACAAAGAUGAUAGCAGGAAAAAGGUACUUUAGUUUCUUGCAAGAUGUGGACGAUGUUGAAGCACAUAGAGUUGUGAAGCUUAUAAGAGAAGCUUUGCAUUUAUCUGGAGGGGGUUUUGUUCCUUCGGAUGUGAUCCCUAUAAUUCAAUGGUUUGGUAUAGAAGGGAAAGUUCUUAAAUCCAUGAAGAGAAUUGCAAAAGAUUUGGACACACUUUUGGGAAGCUGGGUUGAAGAUCAUAGGAUGAAGGGUAAUAAGGUAAAUAGCUCAAGCGAGAAGCAAGAUUUCAUUGAUGUCAUGCUUUCCGUUGUUGAAGAUGAUCCUGAUUCUGGCCAUACACGUGACACUAUCAUUAAAGCUCAAAUUAUGGGUGACUGUGACAUAUUGGGAAACACCCAUAUAUCAAGAAAUAGUAUACGAAACUUGGACUCUGUCAAUUAACUUUAAAAAUAUGCUAUCUUUAAUUUGAAAAAGAAAAAAAAAAUCAAGAGUAGUUAGCUAGACAAGUAACAUCAAUGUGAAAGUUAUAGUCUCUCUUUUCUAUGAGUUGAUGCAACAGUAAUUUGUGGGUGUCCUAAUUUGUGUAGUCAACUAUGGGGAGUUCUUGUUUUUUAUGGCUUUCAACUCUAUAUGUCAUUGUACUACUUUGUCCAAGAUUAAUUCUCUCUCAAUAUAAAAAGUUUUGCCUAA